AUGGACCCAGAAGCUUUCUCAGCGAGUUUGUUCAAGUGGGACCCAAGAGGUGCAAUGCCACCACCAAGCCGUCUAUUAGAACCGGUGGCGCCACCACAACCUCCUCCGCCUCUACCAGCACCACCACCUCCUCAGCCGCUCCCAACAUCAUCGUACUUACGGAGUACGAGGGAGCUAGGAGGACUAGAGGAGUUGUUUCAAGCGUACGGCAUACGCUAUUACACCGCCGCUAAGAUAGCGGAGUUAGGGUUCACUGUGAACACGUUAUUGGACAUGAAAGAUGAAGAACUUGAUGAUAUGAUGAAUAGUCUCUCGCAGAUUUUUAGGUGGGACCUACUCGUCGGAGAAAGGUACGGUAUCAAAGCGGCGAUUAGAGCUGAAUGGCGGAGGCUGGAGGAAGAGGAAGCACGGCGCCGCGGACAUAUUUUGUCCGACGGUGGAACUAAUGUCCUUGACGCUCUAUCACAAGAAGGAUUAUCGGAGGAACCACCAGUGCAGCAGCAGCACGAGAGAGAAGCGGCAGGAAGCGGUGGGGGCGGGACAUGGGAAGUUGCGGCAGGUGGUGGUGGGAGAAUGAAACAAAGGAGGAGGAUGAAAGCGGCGACGGCGACGGCGACGGGGAGGGAGAGAAGAGGGGCGUCAGGAGAGGAGGAUGAUGAAACGGAGGAACCAGGAGAAGAAGAUGAUGAGAAUAUUAACGAAGGUGGAGGAGGAGGAGGAGGAAUAAGCGAGAGACAAAGGGAGCAUCCGUUUAUCGUGACGGAGCCAGGGGAAGUGGCACGUGGCAAAAAGAACGGCUUGGAUUAUCUGUUCCAUCUCUACGAACAAUGCCGUGAUUUCUUGAUCCAAGUUCAGACUAUUGCUAAGGAACGAGGUGAAAAAUGCCCUACUAAGGUGACGAAUCAGGUGUUCAGGUACGCGAAGAAGGCAGGGGCAAGCUACAUAAACAAGCCCAAAAUGCGACACUAUGUGCAUUGCUAUGCACUUCAUUGUCUUGACGAGGAUGCUUCCAAUGCUCUAAGGAGAGCUUUCAAGGAGCGAGGAGAGAAUGUUGGGGCAUGGAGACAGGCGUGUUACAAGCCAUUGGUGGCUAUAGCUGCUCGACAAGGCUGGGAUAUCGAUGCUAUCUUCAAUGCACAUCCUCGACUUGCCAUUUGGUACGUCCCCACCAAGCUCCGCCAGCUGUGUCAUUCUGAAAGAAGCAACGCGGCUGCAGCUGCUUCUAGCUCGGUUUCUGGUGGUGUUGCUGAUCACCUGCCGCAUUUCUAAUUGUGCUUCUGAUGAUGGCUGUUUACAAAGUAUAUCAAUCUCUCUGACUUAGCCACUAUGUUAACUUCCCUACUUUAUUCUACUGUUGAUGUAAUCUUUUCGGCUUAAAGAUCAAAAUUUUCUGCAUAACA